AAUGUUGCAUGCAGAAAUUGAGAGCAAAGUGAAGCGAACGUUGAAGCUAGCCAAAAACAUAAACAACAAUAAAGACGCGAACAUGAAAAAAAAAUCGGAACUAAUUCACCUCGUCGAAGAUUUCCACCACCACUACGAGUCGCUCUACUCCAUGUACGAAGAUUUACGAGGCGAGGUGAAGAACAACGUCCGUUUUGAAGACAACGCUUCUUCUUCUUCUUCGUCGUCUUCUUCCCCACCGGACUCCGAGGCGUAUUAUUCUCCAGUGGAAAGGAUUGUUAAAAAUGAUGAAAAUACCCCCGAUCAAAUCUAUAAUAUUAACCAGGAGUCCGAAACGUCCGAUGUAGAAGACACUACUAUCCUCAAGGACAAACUAACUUCUUCUAGUGAAGUAAAGGAAGCCUCGACUUUCGGUUCGAAAUCUCAAGAAUUCAACGAAAUUCUCGAGGAUUUAACCAUGGAGGAAAAAGAAGAAGAGAGAGAAAACACGAGAAAAAAGUUGGAUCAAAUGAGGGAUUUAGAAGCGACGGUUGUGGAUUUGAAGAUUGAAGUCGAAACCCUUUGCACGCAUAGACGAGCUUUGGAAGAGCAAAUCGUGUUUAAGUGCAACGAAACCACGCAAAUGCAAGAGAAAAUAUCGAGGUUGGAAUCACGCAUUUCGGAACAAGAGGAAAACGAGAAGGACUUUUUAUCGAAGAUUUCGGAUUUCGUCGAAAAGAACAAAAUUUUGCACCUCGAGAAAGGUGAGUUGGAAGAAAUAGCUAAAGAAAGAUGUGAUCAAGUGAAGGGAUUAACGGAGCAAGUUAACUCGCUGAAAAUUCACAAGUCCGAAUUGGAAUUGGAGCUCAAGAAAAAAUCGGCCGAGAUAUCCGAAUGUGUUCAUCAGAUCGAAAAUCCGACAAACGAAGACACGAUCGAAGACGACGGAAGCUUAAAGGUUAAUAAGGUAAUUAACGAUUUAGAAAUCGAGGUUCGUUCUUUAAGCAGCAAAAAUAAGGAGUUGGAAGACGAGAUAAAGAGAAUAAAUCACGAAGCGAAGGAGCAACGAGGUAAGAUCUCCGAGCUAAAAACAUCCCUUUCGGUGAAAGAAAACGAACUAUCGACUCAACAGAAGAAACACAAGGCCAUUCAAAACGAUCUCUCCGCCAAAAUCGAAUUACUAAACGAGAAUAUCAAGAACCACGAGAAAAAGUCGGAGGCAUUACUAAAAGACAAAGACGAGCUCGAGAAGGAGAAACGAGAAUUUAUUACGAGCAAAUCCCAAUUGGAGAAAAAGAACACCGAAUUAAUCAAGAAAAUAUCCGACCAGCAAAAAACCCUACUCGAAUUAGGCGAAGCAAUGAGCAAGAUAAAGCAAGAAAACGAGGACGCGCAAACGAAGAUACUAUUGGGGUCGAAAUCGAACAUCAACUUCGUCGAGCGAAAAGUCGAAGAAAUGGCGGAGGAGUUCCGCAAGCAGUUCGAAGACAAGUACCGGAUACUGAGCCGACGAAUACGAGUCGCAGAGCAGCUUCACGUCGAGAACAAAGAGUGGUACCUCAAGACGAAGGACGCGUACGAGCAAGAAACGAAGGAGCUCAAGGAGAGAUUCAAGGACGUAACCGACAUGUCGGUCACGGCGAACGACUUCCUCGUCUCGCUCGAUUCGCUGGCGCUGAAGUUCGAGGAGUGCAACGCGAACUUCAUGAACCGGAUAUCGAAGUCGUCGUGCGAGCUGAAGUUCGCAAAGGAUUGGGCGAGGAGGAAGAACAAGGCGUUGGUGCAUGUGAAGGAGGAUUUGGAUUGUCUGUUAAUACAGUUGGAUGAUAAAGAAGGUGAGAUAUUGGUGUAUAGAGAGAAGGUUUGGAAGUUGGAGAAUAAAGUGAGGGAAUUGGAGAAGGUGAUUAAGGAGAGAGAAGAUGGGAUGCUUGGAUUGCAAGAAGAGAAGAGAGAGGCUAUCAGGCAGUUGUGUGUCUGGAUUGAUUAUCAUAGGAGUAGGUCUGAUUAUUACAUGAAGAUGCUGUCUGAGAUUAAUCCUGGAAGAAGAAAGUCAUCUUAAUUGAGAGG